GCUUACCAGUAUGCUAGGACAUCCCAGAAGGAUUUUAUUGCUGUUAAAAUAUUGGACGCUCGACAUCUUCCACACUGCGCUGGUCGGUUUCUCCAACUGGGAAUACCUCGUAGCAAGCUUUGGCAACCCCAACAUUCACAACACCAUCAUCUGGUCGCUCGGUGUUACUGUCGCUGUUACGGCCGUCCUCACCUUCUGUGUCCAUUGCUUUUUCGUCCACAGACUGUACAAGCUCACGAAGGGCAAGCUCUGGCUUGCCGGUCCGAUUGCGGUUUUCGCGCUGUUUCGAAUGGCCUCUGCAUGUGGUGAGAUCGAGCUGGGAACUUUCCCUGCGUUCUUUGAGCAGAUUCGCUGGGUAUUUACGCUCGGUCUUUGCCUCUCGACGGGCACGGAUGUCACCAUUGCUAUCUCGAUGUGCUACUUCCUGUGGAACAGCCGCACGGGCGCAAGCGACUUGGACGCCAUUAUUGACUCCGUCAUAUUGUACACAAUUGAGAACGGUAUCUUGACAAGCAUUGCAACGAUUGCUUCGCUGUGUUUCUGGUUAGCUUCGCCACAUACCCUGGUGUACAUGGGCCUUCACUUCGCGAUCAGCAAACUUUAUGCGAGUUCGCUUCUUGCAUCGUUGAACGCUCGUAAGACCUUGAGGCAAGCUCAUGCCUCUGUGAUCGAGGGGCAGCGCCCAUCUCCUCCAUCGAGUCCCAGGCGGUUCUCUCGAUUCUCAGUCAAGGCCGACAAAUAUGCGACUCGCUCCAAGUUGGAAAUUAGCGUUGAGAAAACCGUUGACUAUGUCGUAGACGAUGAGAGCUCGUAUACGCCGGGCUACCAGAUGGAGGUUCGCUCGAUGAAAAACCUGACUGAGCGCAGCGACAGUCCAGCCUGACCCAAAACCUGCCACUGCGAAAUCCUCUACAUUCCG